AUGUCGGCCGCCCCCAAGCCCUCUGUGGUGCUGGAAGCCCACGAGGUUGACACCUUCCACGUUCCUCAAGCUUUCCACGACAAACACCCUUCCGGUACCCACUUAAAGGAUAUCAACGAGUACAAGAAGCUCUAUGAGGAGUCCAUCCGCAGCCCCGACACCUUCUGGGCUCGCAUGGCCCGCGACCUGCUUACCUUCGACAAGGACUUUCAGACCACUCACCACGGUUCAUUCGAGAACGGCGACAAUGCCUGGUUCGUUGAGGGUCAGCUCAAUGCCUCCUUCAACUGUGUCGACCGCCACGCUCUGAAGAACCCCGAUAAGGUCGCUAUUAUCUAUGAAGCCGACGAGCCCAAUGAGGGCCGCACCAUCACAUACGGAGAGCUCAUGCGCGAGGUUUCUCGCGUUGCCUGGGCGCUGAAGCAGCGCGGCGUCAAGAAGGGCGAUACAGUUGCUAUCUACCUGCCCAUGAUUCCUGAGGCCGUUAUUGCUUUCCUGGCUUGCUCUCGUAUCGGUGCCGUCCACUCCGUCGUUUUCGCUGGGUUUUCCUCCGACUCCCUGCGCGAUCGUGUCCUCGACGCCAACUCCAAGGUUGUCAUCACCACCGAUGAGGGCAAGCGUGGUGGCAAGGUCAUUGGUACCAAGCGCAUUGUCGACGAGGCCCUAAGGCAGUGCCCUGAUGUGACUACCUGCCUGGUCUACAAGCGCACCGGCGCUGAGGUUCCCUGGACCCAGGGCCGCGACAUCUGGUGGCACGAGGAGGUCGAGAAGUACCCCAACUACCUCGCUCCCGAGCCCGUUAAUUCUGAAGAUCCCCUCUUCCUUCUGUACACCUCCGGAUCCACCGGCAAGCCCAAGGGUGUCAUGCACACCACUGCCGGAUACCUGCUUGGCGCCGCGCUGACCGGCAAGUACGUCUUUGACAUCCACGACGAUGAUCGCUACUUCUGUGGUGGUGAUGUCGGCUGGAUCACCGGUCACACCUAUGUCGUCUAUGCUCCUCUGCUGCUGGGUUGCGCCACCGUCGUGUUCGAGAGUACUCCUGCCUACCCCAACUUCUCCCGCUACUGGGAUGUCAUCGACAAGUAUGAUGUCACUCAGUUCUACGUCGCUCCCACUGCCCUGCGCCUGCUGAAGCGUGCUGGCAACGAACACAUCCACCACAAGAUGAAGUCCCUGCGUGUCCUGGGUUCAGUUGGCGAGCCCAUUGCCGCUGAGGUCUGGAAGUGGUACUUUGAGGCUGUUGGCAAGGAGGAGGCUCACAUUUGCGAUACUUACUGGCAAACCGAGACCGGUUCGAACGUUAUCACUCCACUCGGUGGUAUCACCCCUACCAAGCCCGGAAGUGCAUCGCUACCUUUCUUCGGUAUUGAGCCUGCUAUUAUCGACCCCGUCUCCGGCGAGGAAAUCACUGGAAAUGAUGUGGAGGGUGUUCUCGCCUUUAAGCAGCCCUGGCCCAGCAUGGCCCGCACCGUUUGGGGUGCUCACAAGCGUUACAUGGACACCUACCUGAACGUUUACAAGGGCUACUACUUCACCGGUGAUGGCGCUGGCCGCGAUCAUGACGGCUACUACUGGAUCCGCGGUCGUGUUGACGACGUCGUCAACGUCUCUGGUCACCGUCUCUCCACUGCCGAGAUCGAGGCCGCUCUUCUCGAGCACCCCAUGGUCGCCGAAGCCGCUGUUGUUGGUAUAGCCGACGAACUUACUGGACAGGCCGUGAACGCCUUCGUCGCCCUGAAGGAGGGCAACGAGACCAACGAUGAGGUGCGCAAGGACCUGGUCAUGCAAGUCCGAAAGUCGAUUGGACCUUUCGCUGCCCCCAAGGCCGUCUUUGUCGUUGAGGAUCUUCCUAAGACCCGCAGCGGCAAAAUCAUGCGCCGCAUCCUGCGCAAGAUUCUCAGUGGCGAGGAGGAUUCCCUCGGUGAUAUCUCUACCCUGUCCGACCCCAGCGUUGUUGAGAAGAUCAUCGCCACCGUUCAUGCUAGCCGCAAGUAA